AUGUACGAUGAUAGUAAGCAAAUGAAGGCAUUGUUUAUCGGAAGUUACAAAAGUAAUAACUUGCCAAUGAUUGUCGAUAAAAGAUCUCAGCGUCGAGCUUCAGAAGCCACAGCUAAACAACGUACUAUUGAUACACUUAAUCAUACCUCCCGUAACCUGGCCAACCAACGUGUUGAAGCUGAACGUCGAUUGACUGAUUAUAAUCGUGAAAAGGAGACUUUGGAAAGUGUACUUAAUGAUAUUAAAAAUCAUGUCAUGAACGAACGUCAAAAAGUUGAAGAGAUGCGCAUUAAAAUCAACUCUCAACAAGCUUCAACUAAAAGUCAAAAGGAAGAAAUAGCUUCAAUGCUACAAGAUAAAAUUACCAAGAAUCAGCGUCGUUUGGAACAGGUUGAAAAGGAAAAUCGUCUGGCACAAUCACGUGUAGAUCAGGCUAACAGUAAGCUUGGGACUUUAGAAUCCACUCGUGGUCAGCUACUUGAGGUUCUAGAUCAGUACAAUAGUCUGUUGAACGGUGAUGAGAAUGUCAAAGAACCAGAUGAAGCAAGAGUCAAAUCUUUGCUUUCAGAUGAAAGUCCAGAAGGCAGUUUAAAGAGUGUCGAUACGGGUUUAGGUGGAAUUAAUUGGCCAAAUAAUAAUGGACCUACUGAGAACGAUCAGUCAAUUUAUCAGCAUUUGACACAUCACGAGCCAUUUGAACUCUUCUCUUGGAUUCCCAUUCCCUACGAUCCUUUUGAUGGCAAUGAUCCUUUCAAAGUACCUUCUAAAGUUAAUGAAUUGAAUAAAGAAUCUGCUGAGGAUCCAUUUGGUUUGCCGAUCACGAAUGACCCAUUCAAAGACUCUGAUCCAUUUUGUCUAGAUCCUUUCGGUCUACCUUUUUUGAUGGACAAAACCAAAAAGUCUACAAGUGUUGCUUCUGCGUUUGAUCCCUUUAAACCGGAUACAAUAUGUUCCACAACGUUGCCAGAAAAUUCCCUAGUUGGAGCAGAUUUUGAUGCUGUUUUUGGACCUUCCAGUGGUGGCAUAUCGAACAUUACUGACCCAUUCGGCAGUGAUCCUUUUGCUCCUCCUACCACCUCUUUUAUGGCCAAUACAGAUACGAUCAGUAGUAAUAGAGAAAUGAAGAACCAAAUGCAUUCAGGACGAAAAUCUCCACCACCUCGACCCAAAACUCAACCGAUUCCUGGUAAAUCUCGACCCUUCAAGUCAAUGGAUGUCACAUCUAGUUUUUCAGGUAUCCGUUCUGCUGAUUCUGAAGGUGAUUUUACAGAUUUAAGCAAUUCAUCAACAAGCAACUCAAUGAGAUAUCGUAAACGCUUAUGCGGUAAUUCUAUUCAAAAAUCAGCAUUUGGACUGAAACCAAAACAUUCCAGCAAGUCGAAAAAAGACUCACAAAAUUCCCCUUCAACAUCACCAUCAGUUAAUACAAAAAAUAGUUCUAAAUCAAGUGAUAUAGUGCUAUCAGAUGAAGCUCGAUUAUCAUGGGCCAUAAUGGAAAGUCAACGUCUCGCUCAAAUUGAAGAAGAAGCUCGUAGACAAGAAGAAGCUGAUCUAGAACUUGCACUUCGAUUGAGUAAACUAGAUUCAUCAGGUCGACAUUAAAGCGGUGAUCCUAUCUUUGUCAUUUUUAAAUAGUUAAAUCGGAGGAGGACAAGAGAGAAGCAAAGUUACCAUCAGCUACCAGUUCGUUUUAUUUUCCUAAUCAUCUAAGUUCCGAUCUCUUAUACAAUGAUGCACCGAUCUUUUAUUAAUUGUUGCUUUUGUUUAUUUAGUUUGUGCAUUGGUUGCGUUUGUCAUUCUUCUUUAUGAACUUCAGUAUUUGUUUGUCUUUUCAUUGUUAACAGUGUUUUCUAAGAGGGUCUAACCUUGUCGCAUAUAGUUGUCGCGAA